GGGAACGCCUUCCACCUCUGAGUCCUACUGCUCAUGUGGAAUCGAAUUAGACUCGAACCGCUUAGCUGCCUCUGCUCGGGCAUGUCAACCUCCUUUAUCGUGAAAUCACGAUAACAUUCAGCGAAACAGUUUUUUAUUCACUACUAAUAUACAAGUUAAAAUAUAUAAUAGUUUGUCAAAGAGUUGACAUGCUCUACCGAGGUAUUAUUCCCUUCCACUAAUGUCCCCAUCACUGGUGUGCACAUAAGUAUGCUUAUGUCCAAACCAGUGAUUUCCCACAGAGACUUAACGGCAAUCCUUCUGUUACAGUAAAGUGAUAAGUGCAAAUCAAAUUAUAUUUUUGAUGUAAAAUUAUCAAUUUCAUUCCGUCGAAGUACAAAGUAUACCUAUAAAGUGAACGAAUAAAGUAGAUGUAUAAAAGAAACAAUGUAUAGUGAAAUCCGUGAGUGAUAAAAUGAUAAUUAAAAGGACUUUUAAUGACACGGGACUGUUUAAUGUGAAAAGUGUGAGAAACAAAACGAUAUGGGAUGACUCAUAGUGAAAAAUGUUAUGUGCAACCCUCUAUCCGAUCCGAAGAUGAUGCGCGAUAUUCACGACAGUGCUGGGGGAAGCGCAAGCGGCGGGAUGGAGGAAAGCGAGGGCGGCGGGAGUGGGGCUGCCGAGAUCGAUAUGGACGAUUGCGGCUCCCUCGCCCUGCCGCCCGACCUUCCCCCUUACUCUGGAGAUUACAUCAUCAGCGACUACAUGGAACGCCUCGGCACUCGCCUCAAUAUUCUCGAGACGGAGCUCAAAUACGCCUGGCGAGCACUCGAUCUGCUCAGCCAGGAGUAUGUCCGGAUGUGGGAGCGCCUUGAAAGACUCGAAACUCUUCUCGCAGACCAACAGGGUGUCAUAUCAACAUUACUCGACUUUUACACGUGUCGCACUGUCGCCUCAAGAGAUCCGAUGAGUAGACUUGAAGUCAUUAGGGAAAUUUUAGGAAAUGGUACAGUCGAAGAUGGCAUAGAAGAAGGCUUGGAUAUAGGGCGGAGUACUGUGCUUAUGGACCCUCAGGAAGAAGCUAUGGAAUCCAAUGAAGAGUUUUACAAGAGCUUAAAUCAAGCCUAUCGAGACGAUCUUGUAUGUGAAGAGGCCUCUAGACCACCAUCUCAGCUAGACAUGAUUUGGGAAGCACCAGAAGAAACAGAAAUAGAAGUAAUACCUGGAAGAUCAAGUCAGAUAUAUAGUGCAACAGAUUACAAAGAUUACUGUGGAUUACAGGGAGGACCCGGUAUUAGCGAAAGAGACCUGGUGCAUUUAUCUACAUUAAGUACAAUAGAUCAAAUGACUGUAGAUAAAUUACAUGAAUUAGAUAGGCUGACAACCCAAUUACACAAAGAUUCGAGAGAGUUAAAAGACUUGAAAACUAGGCUUCUUAGUCCCGAAUCAAAAGCAAAGCACGAGCGAGACAUAGAAGCAAAAACUCUUGUUGAAGAUGGAAACAUUAUAAACGAGCAGCUUAAAAAUGUUUACUCGGGUAGUGAAAAUUGGGGAAUGAAUGACAUGAUAAAGAGCUUUGAUGACUUCAUGUUAACGAUGCCUAAAGAGUCUGUAAGAGAAAAAUCUCCGUCUAGGUUGUCACUUACCGACACGUCAGCCACAGAUAGAACGAUGGAGUACCUAUCUGCCACAAUAUCACCUCGAAGAAAAUUUGUACCUGAAAGAACGACGACAGAACCUUACACGACAGUAACAGGUCGCCUAGCGUAUAGUUCAGCGGUGGCUAAUGCGGAAAUAAAUGCGGCUAAAGCCAAUAAAUCACCUAGUGCAUUAUCGAGAGACAGAUUUGAAUAUAGCUCAACGUAUCAAUUAUCUGAUACUUCAAGACAAAGCUAUUAUUCAAGCAAAUCAUCAAGUCAGCAAUUAUCUGAUAUUUAUAAGGCGGGAGAUCAACAUUCCCCUUUGUCUAUACAUGAAAUUUAUAAUGGGCCUGCAGACAAUAGGCUUGAAUUAAGCUACGAAGAAAACAGAUUAGUUAAGUCUCCCAGUCCACCCCCUCCAGCACCCCCUAAUGGCGCGGAUUUGUUUGCGGUCAUCGGAAAUAAUAAUGACGCGUUAACUGCUCAUCAAUCUACAUUAUCAACUGGCACUCUUCCGGUUGACGCCAUGCGAUUGAGUCCACGGUCACCAAAAUCUCCUAAAACUUCCCCGAAACACGUUAAAAGAGACACGACGAACAUCGUUGCAGCAAAAUCCGACUCCGGUUUGUCUUCAAUGAGUGGGUGGUCUAGUUUAGAAAAAAGUCCAGGUUCUCCUAAAACUGGAAGAACAGCGCAUGGAACUCAUGAUUCUCAUAAAAUGAGAAUUUCUCCACCACAAUCUGUUCAAAGAAUGGGGUUUGAAGUGGAUACGAAACCGUACUUAGAAACACUUGUUGAUUCUUACGCUUACGAUAAUAAAAGUGUAAAAAGUGAUUACAACUUGAAAAAAAUUGAUCACAUAUCAAAAGAAAUUAGUGCUAGAGAUUUGAGUAAAUUACAAGGAAAAGUGGACACCUCAUUUCUCAAAAGCGAUAUUCCUUUUUCGAUUGCCGGCCCAAGUACGCAAAUAAGUAAUAUGAGCGAAUACUAUUAUGGAAACGAAGCUCCUUCAAUAUAUUCUGUGGCUGGAAACAGGCAAGCAAUAUUUACUACUGUUUAUAGCACGCCAAGAGGAAUGUUAUCUGAAGACAGGAGUUUUUCCGAAUUAUUAGAUAGGAAUGAAAUUGCCGAAUCUGUUGCGAGAGUACCACCACCAGAUUCUUAUCCCCCUGAACCAAGUUAUCAUGCCCAAACAGUUGUAAUGUCGGCGGCAAAUGCCAAAAGGACUCUUACUAGAGCAAACACAAUGGGAGCUGGUGACCCCCAUUUUUACCAAAAUGGUUAUAAAGUGGCAGGUCACAGAGGAGCAUACCCUCAGGGUAAUCUUACAGACGCUUUGUCAUACUAUCCAACUUCGAGCAGAUAUGAUUCACCUAAGCGGACUUCAUUAGAAGAUCAGCUUUCCUGGCAAGGCGGUAGUAGAUCACCUACUAGUUCAAUGGAAACGUCUAGCCUUAAAUCACAUUCACUAAGCAUUACUGAAAGGAAACAAUUUCAAAAUCAACUACAACAAGAAUAUUUUAAACAACAACAAUACGACCAGCGGAAUGGUAAUAUUAUGUACGAAAAUCAGGCAUUUGAGAAACAAAUGGCAUCAGAACAUUUAAGGAAAGAACAAUUUGUAGACUCAACUGGCGUUUUAGUUUCAGAAUCUGGAUACUUAUCUAUUUCCUCCAACUUGAAAGGAAAAGCCCAAGAUAAACAAAUAAAGAAACCAAAACGAACAUCAUCUUUAAAAUCCGCCAUGUCUUCCGUCAGUCAAUGGCUACCAGACAUACACCUUCCUAAGAAACACAGAUCUCAUUCAUUACCUUCAGGUGUUGAUGCAGUUGAACAACAACAACAAGAAAAGACGCUUAAAGAAAGAUUGCUGUCUGCUCAAAGAAGAAAGAAGAAAUACCACUUGGUCGCGUCUAUGUCUGGUUUACUACAAAAAGCUAGACGGAAACAUCAGGCUAGCCAUCAAUCUUUAUCAGACCCUGAGACAUCUGAAACCGAAUGGUCUGGAGGUCGAUCGAGUGCUCAGUCUGAAGACAGUGACAGUGUAUUUUCUGAUUCAGCGCAUGAAGGUAACAUGUUCGCAAAAGUGCCACCAAAACCAAAGCAAAGAAAAGUUAAUAAUCAAGACAUAGUUGAACAACAGCAAAUGUUACAAGAAAGGCAACAACAAGGCUUAGAUUUUCACGAAGAAGAGGUUGAAGGUGAGCUUGAAGAAAUGGAUAAAUUUACUGGAGUCCCUGCCGCAUUACCAAGGGAUAAGAGUGACGACAUUGACUAUCAUUUUGCUCGUGUAUCUCAAAUGAAGAAGGAUAAUAUUAGUGAAAUAGAGAAGUUGGAUAUUGAUACAGAUAUAUCAAAUGUUGAUUUAUUUGAAGAUGAUAAUAAAGAAGACAACCAAUCACCAGCUUCACUAUUUGCCACAAUCGGUGAUGUUAAAAAGGCAUCAGCAAGUUCGGAUGAAGGUGUAAACGAAAACGGUAAGUCCUAUAAUGGAAGUUCACAAGAAUUUGCGGUAUCACGAGCUCUAGGAAAGUACAGACUUCGAAAGUCUACAUCCGUAUCUGACGAACAAAUAGAUGACACUUCUCCUCCUAAAGUUGAACAAGACCAACAAGACAAACUUAGCGAGGAUUUUUCUUUACAAAGCGUGAAGGAAAAACGAGUGCGUAAACAAAGCACUCCAGAAAUAAUAAGCAGUGCUGUACCUGAAGAAGUGUCAACUUUACCAGAAAGAAGUCCAUCUAUUCAAAGUACUCGUGGUAUUCCACAAAAUAAAUUCCAACCACGACAUCAACAAAGUUUGGAAAUACCAAAUAAACAUGAUGAUGACGAUAGUAGAAGUACACAUUCUUGGAGAAGUGGUUCGCGAGUGUCUUCACGAAGACAAAGUACAGAAGACAGCAUCGACUCAGAAGAUGAAUGGUACUGUUAUGAGCUUAGAAAGUUAGAAGAAAUGGAGCAUCAAUCCCAAUUGGAACAGGAAAGGCAAGACACAUUAGCGGAAGAGCCAGAAUUUGAAUUACUGGAGGAACCAGAUGACAAUUUAAAAGAAAAGAUGGGCCUUGUUCUAAGAGAGUUGAGGCUGAAAACAGCGAAUGUCAAACAAAAAUGUGACGAACCUCCAGUUCAAGAAACGUGGAAAGAGGUUACAACGUUUCCAGCUAUGGGUGAAACUCCUGAUGACAGAGUUCAAGAAGAAGAAGAAUAUGAAGAGGAAAAGUCGUUUGAAGAUUCAGGUUCAGGUGAAACUUCAGGGCCUGACAGUCCAGUCCAGAGUGGCGACGAGUUAGAUGAGGAUUACGAUAUACCUCAGAUACAGGAAAGGCCUCCACCGACCCAGGAGCCACCGCAGCAGUCGCAAGACGCAGCAGUCGGUGGUGUAGGCAGUAAAUGGAAGCUCCUCAAAGCUUUGAAGGAUCGCAAAGCUGAAGAGAAGACUUCCUCGGAAACACCCGCCGCGACUCCGUCCUCCACCGAGAAGGAUAAAGUCAGUGCAGGUAAUGGCUCCGGCGGGUUCAGCGACCAAAGCGGAAGAGGAAAUGGGCAUCCUGGAGAUAAUCCGUUCUACAGCAACAUCGACAGUAUGCCUGACAUUAGGCCUAGAAGGAAAUCCAUCCCCCUCGUCUCUGAACUUACCAUGGCUGCUACAAAGAGGAACGCAGGUUUGACAUCAGCAGUGCACCGGGCAACGUUGAAUGACGAAGAACUGAAAAUGCACGUAUAUAAGAAAACACUGCAAGCGCUGAUCUACCCAAUAUCAUCGACGACCCCUCACAAUUUUGUCCUAUGGACAGCCACUUCACCUACGUAUUGCUACGAGUGUGAAGGGCUUUUGUGGGGUAUCGCCAGGCAAGGUGUACGAUGUACUGAAUGUGGUGUCAAGUGCCACGAAAAGUGCAAAGAUUUGCUCAAUGCAGACUGUCUACAGAUGUGCUUCGCAGGGGCUGCCGAGAAGUCUUCCAAACACGGGGCCGAGGAUAAGGCCAAUUCCAUCAUCACCGCUAUGAAGGAGCGAAUGAAACAACGAGAACGAGACAAGCCGGAAAUAUUCGAACUGAUCAGACAGGUGUUCAGCAUCGAACAAGAGGGGCACGCAGCGCACAUGAACACCGUGAAGCAGUCAGUACUGGAUGGCACGUCGAAAUGGAGCGCCAAGAUCGCCAUCACAGUUAUCUGUGCUCAAGGGUUGAUCGCGAAGGACAAGAGUGGGACGUCGGAUCCUUACGUCACCGUCCAAGUAAGCAAGGUGAAGAAGAGAACAAGAACCAUGCCUCAAGAAUUGAACCCUGUAUGGAACGAGAAGUUUUAUUUCGAAUGUCACAAUUCAUCCGACCGUAUCAAAGUUCGAGUGUGGGAUGAAGACAACGAUUUGAAAUCGAAACUUCGGCAAAAGUUAACGCGAGAGUCGGACGACUUCUUGGGUCAGACAAUAAUUGAGGUGCGAACCUUGUCGGGUGAGAUGGACGUGUGGUACAACUUAGAAAAAAGAACUGACAAGUCGGCAGUGUCCGGAGCCAUCAGAUUGCAUAUCAACGUCGAAAUCAAGGGUGAAGAGAAGGUUGCGCCUUACCACGUUCAGUACACCUGUCUUCACGAGAAUCUCUUCCACUACCUCUGCGAGGACAAUGGCGGCGCCGUCAGUUUACCAGUCGCAAGAGGCGACGACGCGUGGAAAGUCUACUUCAGCGAAAACCCUGAGGAAAUCGUCGAUGAGUUCGCAAUGAGAUAUGGCAUCGAAGCCAUAUAUCAAGCCAUGACACAUUUCCACUGCUUGUCGACGAAGUACCUAUGCGCCGGAGUACCAGCAGUCAUGUCAACGUUACUGGCUAAUAUCAACGCUUACUAUGCUCAUACGACUGCCUCGUCUGCCGUCUCUGCGUCAGAUAGAUUUGCUGCUUCCAAUUUUGGCAAAGAGAAGUUCGUCAAACUCCUGGACCAGCUGCACAACUCUCUCAGGAUCGACUUGUCUAUGUACCGGAACAACUUCCCAGCCUCCAGCGCUGAAAAGCUCAUGGACCUCAAGUCUACCGUCGACCUCCUCACCAGUAUCACUUUCUUUAGGAUGAAGGUCCAAGAACUCAGCAGCCCACCCCGCGCCAGCACUGUUGUCAAAGACUGUGUGAAGGCUUGCCUUAGAUCAACAUAUCAAUUCCUUUUCGAAAACUGCUACGAGCUUUACAAUAGGGAGUUCCAGGUGGAUCCAAACGAAGCCAAGCGUGACCCGGCAGACCAUGGGCCGCAGCUGGACUCAGUAGAUUUCUGGCACAAGCUCAUCGCUCUCAUCGUAUCUGUGAUAGAGGAGGACCGUAACAGCUAUGCUCCUGUCCUCAACCAGUUCCCGCAAGAGUUGAACAUUGGACAGCUCUCUGCGGCGACUAUGUGGUCGCUUUUUGCUGUGGAUAUGAAGUACGCUUUAGAGGAACAUGAACAGCAGCGGUUGUGCAAGUCUUCUGCUUACAUGAACCUGCACUUUAAGGUCAAAUGGCUUUACACCAACUACGUGAAAGAUGUGCCACCAUACUGCGGUGCCGUGCCAGAGUACCCGGCGUGGUUCGAGCCUUUCGUCAUGCAGUGGCUCAAUGAGAAUGAUGACGUUUCUCUCGAGUACCUCAACGGAGCAUUCAACAGGGAUAAGAGAGAUGGGUUCCAAAAAUCCAGCGAGCACGCGCUGUUCAGCAACUCGGUGGUUGACGUGUUCACUCAACUGACGCAGUGCUUCGAUGUGGUAUCCAAGUUGGAGUGUCCAGACCCAGAGAUCUGGAAGCGGUAUAUGAAGAGAUUCGCCAAGACCAUCGUCAAGGUGUUAGUCGCCUACGCUGAUAUCGUCAAGAAAGAAUUCCCAGAACAUUUGAAGGAAGAACGCGUGGCAUGCAUUCUCAUGAACAACAUCCAGCAACUGCGAGUACAGCUCGAGAAAAUGUUCGAAGCUAUGGGUGGUACUAAGUUAGAACGAGACGCAGCUGAUAUACUCAACGACCUGCAACAAAGCCUCAACAACACGCUUGAUGAACUCGCUUCUAUGUUUGCUAUUAGUCUCGAAGUAAGAAUAACUGCCAGUGUGAAGGAACUGGGUGACUUGCUACAAAAGGUGGGAGGUGGGGGUGCGCCUGGAGCUCCACAGCCUCCUGCUCAUCACGAAGCCGAUGAAGUACUAAGACCACUCAUGGACAUUCUUGACGGUUCGCUAACAAUGUACGCCGAGUCCUGUGAAAAGACUGUACUAAAACGACUGCUGAAGGAAUUGUGGAAAAUUGUAAUGAAGAUAUUAGAAAAGACUGUUGUGCUUCCGCCUAUGACUGACAAGACGAUGAUGUUGAAGAAUCUAACGAAUAACGCCAAGAAUUUAGCAGCUAACGCGAAGAUUGAAGACAUGACACAGCUGUUUAAGAGUACCGUCGGCAAGCAAGACGUCAAACAUGCGCUCUCUGGAGUCAUGGAUAUUUCUAAAGAGCAUCUAUCUGCAGAGAAGAGUUUAACACCCAAGCAAUGCGCAGUUCUUGAUGCAGCAUUGGACACCAUCAAGUUAUACUUCCAUGCCGGUGGCAACGGCCUCAAGAAGACUUUCUUGGAGAAGAGUCCGGAACUACAGUCGUUGAGAUACGCUCUCAGUCUUUACACCCAGACCACGGACACGCUGAUUCGAACGUUCGUGACGAGUCAGCAAAAUCAAGAUGCGGCUGUGGCAGAAGAAGGCACCGUGGGUGAAAUAUCUCUUCAAGUGGAUCUGUUCACUCAUCCUGGUACUGGCGAACACAAGAUCACUGUCAAAGUGGUGGCAGCCAACGAUCUGAAGUGGGUUAUAGCAAGUGGCAUGUUCCGGCCUUUCAUCGAGGUCAACCUCAUCGGGCCUCACCUAGCAGAUAAGAAGAGAAAAUUCGCCACCAAAUCUAAAGCCAACAACUGGAGUCCGAAAUUCAAUGAGACCUUCCACUUCAUGGUGAGCGCAACAGAACAAUUGGAACUGUUUGAGCUUCACGUCUGCGUGAGAGAUUAUUGCUUCGCCCGUGAAGACAGACUGGUCGGGGUUGCUGUUAUGCGUCUCGCUGAUAUUGUUGAACAGGGUAGUGCCGCUUGCUGGCUACCGCUCGGCACGCGCGUAAAGAUGGACGAAACAGGCUGGACGAUCCUUCGAAUCCUGUCUCAGAGGCACAGUGACGAGGUUGCCAAGGAGUUUGUCAAGCUCAAGUCAGAAAUGCGGUCAGAAGCACCCGCGGGCCAAAGUCAAGGACCAUCGUGAAACCUAUAAGAACCAAACACGUGCCACAAAUUCAGCAAAAGCUUAGCAAAGCUUAUCCGUAAGGAUCGAAUCUUCCAGCUUCAGGACUACGGCUGGAAUGAACCGGUUGUGAAGUCUACUUCGUGUUUGCUUCGAAGUACUAGAAAGCGUUACACAAGACUAAGUUUGGAUAAAGGGAAAACCAGAUCUUGCACCUCUCCGAGUAAAGGAGACUAUGAGUGGAGAAUAUCAAAAGUGACAUUCGGCGCUCCGGCAGUUCCCGGUCAGGUCGUUUGUUUGUUUCCUUAUAAUCUCGUUAUUGAGAUUCGUUUUGUAAAUAAAUUACUGUGUUAAGUUACGCGACUAGUAGAAUAUUUUGCACAAAUUCGUAAACAUUAGCAUAAAAGACUGACCGUAGGCGGCUGCGAGCGCCGCGUCGUCCAAAUCUCUUUAGGUAUUCAGUAAAACAUUGUGCACUUUUAUUUCGUUUUCUUCUUUAGUCAUAUCAUGUGUAAAUUCAAAACUGUUAACGUUUUAAUCAUUGUUCUUAAUUUUGACAAUUUUAUUAUCUAAUAUUUCAAUUUGAAUAAUCCUAAAUGUUUUCUACUUAUGAUGGAUAAUUUGCUAACUUUACUGGAUUCGUAAAACGGUGGACGCGUUACACACGAUUUAUGUAAUAAUAUUUAUAUGGACCAAACUGUCAUAAAUACGGAUGCAUUAAUCCUUAACCCUUAAUAUUACUGCAUAAUUAUUUAUCUAACUAAUCAUCUACUCGUUAUACAUGUACAGUAUAAUAAUAUAUGGCCUUAUGUAAAUUAUUUCCCUCGUUUGUUGGUAUACUUUGCUUAUGUCUGGUUAGUAAAGUGUUAUCGAUAUAAUAUUGAGUGUUGAGAACUGCGUUUAUAUUCUUCCUUUCGGUAACUGCGUGGUGUAUAGGAUUAUGCGUCGUAAGCAUGUUCGUUAGGAGAUGAGUGUUCUAAAAUGGAAUUAAUAUAGAGAUAGCUAUGAGUUAUUCUAAAGUGUACGGUCUUGUCAUCGUUUAUCCUUUAUGUCCCGUUCCGAGUGUCAACAUCGCAUGUGGUUCAUUUCAAUAUCUUACUGACGUGUAAAUACCAACUAUAAAAAUGUUAUUAAACUAAAUAUACCUAUAUCACAACUUUGCUCUUACUUUUAAUACGCUUGGCCUGUUCAAUGUGUAAUCUCAAAUCUCUUAUGUCUUUAUGUAUAUUAUAAUUGAAAAUUGUGAUAUUGUUAUAAAUUGAAGUACAUCAUUAUCGUCGUGAAUAUUUAAUAUUUAAAUCUGUUUCAUAUAAUAUGUUAAAUUCAUGAAUCAACUGUUGAAAUCUGGUGUCGUUCCAGAACAAAAUCAUUUUCAUUUACAGGGCACUGAUGGAUUUGUUUACAAAAAUAAAUUUUCAAUACCUGUAAAAUCAAUUUAUGAACAAUAUUUCCAUUAAAAUUCCAUCUUCAUAUUUCUUUGAUUGACUGUUUGUAUCAGUCAGUGCUCAAUAAUAAUUUGUUAAGACUCUUGUAAUGGUGGUCAGUGAUGAAGAAUUGUUGAUAUAACAAAUAUUUAAAAUAAAAUAAAAUCACAGUCCAAAACUCAAAGACACAGUGUUUGAUAUCGUCACAUAAAUAAAUUUAGUGUGUGUAUAUUCUCAAUUCCACUUGACAUUCGACUUUAUUUCUAAUACAUAUUUAAAUAUGCGCUGAAAGCAUUAUCAUAAUGUGAAUGUAUAGCAUGCAUUUUAUGGUGUUUCAAUUCGUCAGUCUCAUUUUAUAAUACUGUUUUAUAAAUACAAUUGAAUUUACCUUUAGCAAUAAUGCAGUAUACGAUACAAGGUAAUAUCUUUUAAGACAUACUUUUCUUGUUGUUGAUGUGUCGUUUUGUAUAUUUACUCUUAGACACAUAAAUAGGAUACCUUUCAACGCUAUAUUUUUAACGACUGUGUCUAUUUUAGUAUCCAGUGGGAAUGUUUUGGCUGUUCUUCUGUACCGGAUGGAAGACAUCUUUAUUAUGGAAUUUUUCAUAGUUUCCACAAAUUAUUCGGUCGAGUGGCUUUGACAAUAUACGCGAUGUGUAGAAGCACAUCACUUAACAACACGGGAGUUAGAUUUUCUAAAUAUUAGCAUUUAUCAUGGAUUACAUAUCUGUAGAUAGAGAAUGUGGUUUGUCUAGUCCAAAUCUCAAUAUAUUAAAUAUAUAUUUACUCGUCUUAACUAACUAAUGAAAGUUUUUUUAUUCAUUAUUUGUAUUUUCCGAGUCGACUGAAUCUGUGUAACUAUAGCGUAAUAGUGAAAAUUAAUACUUAACAGAAUUUAAAAUUCAAUUCGCAUUGUGUUUCGUAGCGUUCCUACAUUCUAUUCAAUGUACUAACGAACACGACAAUUUGGUAAAAAAUAAAAUGUUUCGAUUAAUAAACUGUUUGUCCAUUUCAAUAAUCAAAAAUAUGUAACUCAUAAAUUAAUUACUUAAAAAAUACAUUUAAGCGUGCGAUAUUACAUUGAAAAGAGUAAUACCUAUAGUUCCUUUUGCCAUUGGCAUAACAUAUAUUAUAAUCUCCUCUGGUAGAUUUCCGAUCAGUUUUAGUUCUCAUGAUGCAAAAAUUGUUGAUCACAAGUCACACCGGUGAUAAUAAUUCAUUGAAUCAUUCAUUUGUAAAUACUUUCUCGUCGCGUACGUCCAUCGCUAUGUGAAUGGAAGGCAACUAUGUUGAUGGGAUCGUGUGAUAUCUACAUAAACAAAAUAUAUCAGUAUUAUGUUCGAUGUACGUUAAUGUUAACUAAUAAAAAUUGUUACGGAUAUUACAGAUUGAAAGGGUAAUGAAAGAGAUUUCAAUGUCUCCAUUGAAAAUGAAAGAACAGUGAUAACUGCUUCUCGCUAAUAUGUUAAAACUUCUCUGUAUGUUACCAUCAACAAUCUGCAGAAUCAGUAACGGAUCAUACACGUAUCUAUGAAAUAUCAAUAAUAGUCCUUACGUUCCCAAAAAUAACAGUUUAUGAAGAUAUUGCGAAUCGAGCUAGAGUAAAAGAAAUGCGCACAGUAUUCAUUGUAAACUCAUCAAAUAUAUAAAACAAAUUGACACAUAAACCUUUACCAUUUGACAAUACUUGGUAAAUAUAAUUUUUAAGUGUAAAAUGUGAUCGUCACAUGCAUCGGCAUCAUUGUAAGUCUGUUACGCUCCAACUUUAGUAUUAAAAUCACUAAACAUUGCAUAUAUCUUUGUAUAAAUGCAUAUAUGUAAAUGUUACAUGUUUAAACACAUUAUUGAAUUUAGAAUUUUUAUGAAAAAAUAAAUAAAUAUCCGUAUUUCAAAUAAA